GAAGUUUUUGAUUACAUUGAAAGGAAUAAGCAUAAAAAUAAUUUUCAUAAAUUAUUUGAAGACUAUUUAGAGGUAUAUAAUAAAAGAUUACUAAAAAAUGAAAACUUAGUAAAAGAUAAUAUCGUAUAUGAAUAUGAAUAUGUAAAACAAUACAAUAAUCAAUUAAUAGGAACAGAUGGAAUAAAUUGUAACAAUAAAUAUAACUGGUAUAUAAACUCUAUAAAUACAAUAAAUGAAAAUUAUCAAUUUUUAGGUUUAGAUACAAAUGUUAUAUCUGAAUGUAUAAAUAAAAAAAUAUCUUUAUUUUUAGAAUUAUUUCUAAAGUACUCAGAAAAGUUAAAUUUAAACAUAGAAGUAAGCCCUAUAUUAAACAUGAAUGAAGAAGAUUGUUAUAUUUUUGGGAGAAUUUAUACAGAUAAUGAAAUUAAUAUAAGUGAAUCAAAUAUUAUUUUAGAAGGAAAUGUCAAAUGGAAUAAUGGAGAUAAAGCUCAAUUGUUAAAUUUAAAUAAUAUGAAAAAUUUAUUUUUUUUUUUAGGGCAAAUUUUGGCUAUAAAAGGAAAGAAAGAAAUUAAUCAAUAUAGUAUAAAGUAUUAUGUUAGUAAUAUAUAUGCUGGAUUACCAACUCAUUUGAAUGUAAAAAUAGAUAAGGAAUUUUUAUUAAAUUAUUUUAACUGUAACGAAAUAGAAGAAGAUAGUCGGAUACAUGAUGAUAUAUCACAAUUAUACAAUAAUGACAACAUUCAUAUAAUGGUUUGCAAUGGACAUAUUUAUAAUGAUAAUGAUUAUAAUGAUAAUUUAAAUAAUUUUUUAAAAAUCGUAAAUGAAAAGUCACCUCAUGUAGUUUUAAUUUUUGGCCCUUUUUUAUUUAUUCGUAAUUUCAGUGAAACAAUUCAAAAAAUUGGAGAUAUUAAUGUUAUUUAUGAUAAUAUUUUUAAAAAAAUUAUAAAAAUUGCAAAAAAUGAGCACUUAGAAAAAACUCAUUUUUUUAUUAUUCCAUCUAUAUAUGACUCUAUCAAUAUAUACCCAUUACCUCAACCACCUUUUUUUUAUGAAAAUAGUAAUAAUUUAUCCAAUGUACAUUUUUUGUCUAAUCCCUCUUAUAUUUAUAUAAAUGAACUAAAAAUCGCAUUGACAUCUUGUGAUGUAGUUUAUAAUUUAAGUAAAAACUUAUUAUGCAAACCUAGUGAAAUGAAAUUAUUUUAUUUAUUUGAACAGAUUAUAAGACAAAUUUCUUUUUUUCCUUCAUAUCCGUGUGAAUAUAAUAUUGAAACAACAAAAUUUAAUAAUUUGUUAUUUCAUCCUAAUAAGUUACCAGAUAUAUUCUUGUUUCCGUCAUACACUAAUGAAAAGUCUUAUAUUAAAGAAGUACAUAAAAAGUUAUUUAUAUGUGCCUACUCUAUUGAUGUAAAUAAAGCGCAUCCAUCUAAUUUUUUUUCAAAUAUUUACAUACUGCCACCAAAAGAAACACAUGAAUUAUCAAAAAGGGUAAUACUUGAAAAUGUUUUUGUACACCAAAACAAAAUAAAUGCAUAA